AUGAUGAAGAAAUCAGAGGAUAAGCUUAAUGAAACUUUCGAUCGAUGUCUGGCAGAUACAGCGCUGAAGACUGUAAGUGCUGGGACCGUUGGUUUAAUAGCUGCAGCAAUAUUUAAAAGACAGUUUCCACUUUGGUUAGGUGUAGGCAUGGGUUUUGGUAUGGGUAUUGCCAACUGCCGUCAUGAUAUGAGAAAGUUCAUACAUUCUGAACAAGAUUCGGAGCAGAAAUCGAGUUUUAAAAUGAUCGAAGAACCUGGAAAUGCAGAAAUUCAGCCUCAGUAA